GGCGGGCGGGCGGUUUGAAGCCGGUCGGCGGAGCGCAGGGACGCAACGCGGCCUCGAGUGCGCAGCCCACAGCCGGGACUCGCGAGCGGCGGCGCUGGUCGCCAGGGGCGCCCGCCCGGCGUCCCCACUCGCGCCGGCGUCCCGGGCGGCCUUUCCGCGCGCGGACGGCAGGGCGGCGCCGGGGAGCGCGGGGCACCGAGGCGAGGCGAGGCGCGCUCUAGGCGGUUACUCCGCGGCCCCGGGGGCCUGAGCGGACGACGCCCUCCCUCCCUCCCGCGCCCGCUCCCAGGUGGGCCCCGGUGCGGCGCCGAGAGUGCCCGCGUCGCCUUCGGGCCCCGAGGGGUUCGGCUCGGACCCUAGGGGCCGCCCGCCCGCCUAACGGACGAGAGGACCGAGCGGAGGCCUCGCGGAGCGGGACACGGACCAGCGCAGGAACCGCCCAGCCCCAGCCCCGGGGGCCCCGGUCCCCGCUUCCCCCUCUGCCGCGGCUGCGACCCGCCCGAGAGCGGAUCCGCCGAGGGAGCGGCGCCUGCGCGGUGCCGCCGCGGCGCUGCCGGGUCGGGCUCGGCGCGGUCGGCGGUGCGGCUCCCGGCCCCCUCAUGGCGGCCCCCGCGGCCCCACAGGGCUCGGUCCUGAAAGAUGUAGUGGCUUAUGUUGAAGUUUGGUCAGCCAAUGGAACAGAAAAUUAUUCAAAGACAUUUACAAACCAACUUGUGGAGAUGGGGGCAAAGGUCUCAAAAACUUUUAACAAGCAUGUAACUCACGUCGUGUUCAAAGACGGAUACCCACGCACCUGGGACAAAGCCCGAGAGAGAGGCGUCAAGCUUGUCUCUGUGCUCUGGGUCGAAAAGUGCAGGACGGCGGGGGCGCACGUCGAUGAGGCCCUGUUCCCGGCGGCGAACACCCAUGAACGCCUGCCCUGCCUCGUUAAAAAAAAGCAUAGAUGUAUGCAGCCCAAAGAUUUUACUUCUAAAACACCAGAAAAUGAUAAGCGACUUCAAAAGAAAUUUGAGAAAAUGGCCAAUGAGCUACAAAAGCAAAAAACAACAUUAGAUAACGACGUGCCUGUCCUCCUAUUUGAGUCCAGCGGUGCCUUGAUGUACAGCCCCACGGCGACAGCACACAGAGGUCGGCUCAGCGCCAUGGAGCAGAGGCUGCAGGAGAUGAAGGAGAAGCGGGCAAACCUGUCCCCGACCUCUUCCCAGAUGAUUGAAAUGUCUUAUGAUAACCCAGUUCACACCUCGUGUGAAACGUCUUUGGAUAUUUCACAGGACACUUUGUGUUCAGAGGACUCCUUGGCUGGCGGUCUGCAGUCACCGUUUGAUGAUCCUUGUGGAGACUCGGGGCAUGGGGACCCGGAGAGGAGAUUGGGAGGACCUGCCGCCAAUGAUGCUGGAGGCCACGUGUGUGCUCCGUCACCGGCAUUGGAAAUGAGCCGCAUUCACUCACCAGCGUCUCCCAGAUACCUUGGCCUGCUAGCGCCUCGGACGUCUGAGCACCACUGUGCGGAGGAGGACGCGGGUUGGCAGAGGGACCCUGCAGGCGCAGCGGCCACCCCUGACCAGCAGCCUUCGGUAACUAAAGGCCACCACCUGGGACACGCACCCAGGAGCUCCUCGUCGAAGAGGAAGCGCCCGUCGGAGCACACCCACUCGCCCCCAGAGGGGCGGCCGAAGAAGCCCAAGAGCAGCCGGAAGUCUGCCGCGCGGCUGUUCCCCUCUCCCGGGGGUCAGGCCCCUGCCAGCCCUGCCCUGGCGGCUUCUGCCGGGGACAGGUCCUCCUAUGAGGACUACUUCUCACCUGACAACCUCCGGGAGAGGAGCACGGGGCCUCUCCCUCCAGGGCUGCAGUCGCCUCUCGGCCCCGCCCACCACCCCUGCAGAGCCCGGCUCUCCAGGUGGGAGCGAGCCAGCAUCCUGGGCAUGUCCGACUUCUCCUGCCUUGGCAAGGACCCCUGCUCAGUGCCCGCUACCAGUGCCACUGCCCAGCCCAGCCCCAGGCUUCGUGCCCCUGCGAGUGGGGGGUCCUACGCAUCUUCCGUGAGGAACACACCUGCUGCCGAGGACGCUCCGGGGCGCGGCCCCCCAGAGGAUGCUCAGAGAGGAGACGGGGGCCCUGAGGGACGCCACGAGGCUGUCACCCCCCUCAGUGAGGAAAGCGGGGACUCCGCGCCCGUGAGGCGCCUGCGGGAAGAGGACGCCACCUCUGGACGGUUGAGUUCCCCUGAAGAUGUCAAGCCUGCACCCACAAGGCAAGAUGUCCCCGAAGGCGCCCGGGAGGGCUGUGAGGACCUGGCCAGACCUGCAGCCCCGAAGAAGAAAGUGAGAGGCCCCAAGCCAGUGAGAACGUUGGUCAUGACAAGCAUGCCCAUUGAAAAGCAGAGCAUUGUCACCCGGGUGGUGGCCAAACUGAAAGGCUUCUCGUUGGCCCGGGAAGUGUGUGAGAGCACCACCCAUGUGCUGGCCGGGCAGGCACUGCGCACCCUCAACGUGCUGCUGGGCCUCGCGCGCGGCUGCUGGAUCCUCUCCUAUGAGUGGGUCCUGUGGUCUCUGGAACUGGGUCACUGGAUUUCUGAGGAGCCCUUCGAACUCUCCGACUCCUUUCCCGCCGCUCCGCUCUGCCGCCGGGAGCGCCACCUGUCCGCGGGGCAGUACCAGGGCACACUGUUCGCCGACCAGCCCACGAUGUUCAUCUCCCCGGCCAGCGACCCCCCCAGAGCCAAGCUGUGGGAACUGGUCCUCCUGUGCGGGGGCCGGGUCACGGGGGUCCCUCGCCAGGCCAGCCUCUUCAUCGGGCCCUGCCAGGGGAGGAGGAAGGAGGCCGUCACCUACCUGUCGGAGAAGUGGAUCCUCGACUCGGUCACCCAGCACACGGUGUGCGCCUGCGAGGACUACCUGCUGCGGCCGUGAGGGCCCUCCCGCCCCAGGCGGCUCCAUCGACGCUCCGGAGACGGCCCCCAGAGGGCAUCCACACUGCAGCGAGCCUGGGCGUGGCUCCCCCCACAGCCUGCCUCCCGCGCUCCGCGCCUGGGAAGCUGGCCUGCCGGGGCGUCUGUGUCUGGAGUGGCCGACCAGACCCCCCAGGCCUUUCUCUUCUGGUGAAUAAAGAUGGGGAUCGUUUCCUGGUCUCCUUGCAGAGAGUGGUCGUGCCCUCAGUUCCACCAGACACUGGUCUUUCUGGCCACCGUCCGCCGGAGAUGGCCGCGCUGUCCCCGGUCCAGGUGCUGGUUGUGCAGUGAGACUCAGGGUUAGGUUAGCGGUGCGGGGCCGGAGCAGGGAGUCCCCCACGCUGCCCUCGGGCUGCUGUCCCGGAUGGAACUGGCCGCUGCCCGGGCACCUGCUGAGGGGGCAGGAGGGUGGCUGCUGGUGUAGCUAUCACCCCCCCCACCUCCCCCUGAGUUCAAGUCCCCUGACGUCACAAUGGUCAGCUCCUGAGGGGCACCUGCCAGAGUCCAGGUCGAGAUGCAGGACAAUAAUGAGGGCUUUCUCUUGGAUUUAAAACUGUGUCCGACACAGGCAGUGCUCUCACGGCGCCCUCCCCCCCAUUCACUGCGCCCCCUGGUUCACAGCGCCCGGCCCGGCC